CUUUUCUCAAUGUGCAACGUUAAAUGUUGGUUUUCUACAAUGACUAUGAACAGCACGAGACGCGCCAUUUUCUGGAUUGGAUUUUUGUUCACCGCCACGUUGCUGUUCCGGGGAACCAUACAAUGGAUGCUAAGUUGCAGAGAACGGUUUCCUGGAUUGCGAGCACGACUGUGAGCUAGGUGGUGCCCUCCCUCAAACCCCAUCCUCCAACCCCACAAACAAGAUGGCAGCACUGGCCAGGGUGACAAAUUCGGCGGCCAGGUAAUCACGACGCAGCUUGGCUCCUUGAUUGUUAGCUAACGUACAUGAAGAGGGUAACAAGGCACCCGAGAAAGUUUGUAAUUUAAAGUCCCGGGUAUUUUCCAUCUUGCUGGGACCCAGGCCAAGAUCCUUUGGCAUUUCAGCAUGGUGCGGACGAAGUUGGACGACUGGGUCUUUAUUAAACCAUGUAUUUCACGCUCUUCACAGCCGCGGCCUUCUUUCUAAUGCUUUGCUCCGGAGCUCCCCUCGUUAGCCACGGGAGACCAGUUCGAGGGGUUGAUGAACCCUGCAAGCAGGUCCGAGACCACGUAGCCAAGUGGACAGCGGUCAAUGGCAUUCGUAAGGAGGUUGUUCCCAGAGCUCCCGAAGACCCUUAGUUCAUUAAAUUGUAACAAAUUGUCC